AUGUUCCGCUAUGCGCUGAGGAGAGCAUUUACCCAGCGGCAGCGGGGCCCAAAUUUUGUGCGAGCGCCUUUUCGAGCGCCUUUUCGAGCGCCAACGUUACCUCGUUCUCAUCGUUUCAUUCAUGACUCCAGCAACGAUAUCCCAUCAAUCCAGGGGGAUAUAUCAUUCACGAGCAAUGACACCAUAUAUGCCCUCUCCUCAGGCGCCGGGCGGGCUGGUAUAGCCGUCAUUCGUGUUUCCGGCCCCGGAUGUCUUGAUGUUUACAAGGGGCUGUGUCCGGCCAAGCCUACUCCUCGGCCACGAUAUGCCGGGGUACGGACCCUUUUCGAACCGGAGCAGGCCGAUAACAAGGCCAAUGGCAAUGUAAUCGAUUCAGAAGCCCUUGUUCUGUACUUCCCCGGACCGAAAACCGUCACAGGGGAAGACGUCCUUGAGCUCCACGUUCACGGAGGCACUGCCACCGUAAAAGCUGUCCUUUCCGCGGUACGAAAAACCUCGCCGUCGGGAGAUGUCCGUUACGCCGAGCCCGGCGAGUUCACAAAACGGGCCUUCAUCAACGGACGCCUGGACCUCGCUCAGGUUGAGUCUCUAGGUGACACACUGGCGGCUGAAACCGAACACCAGCGACGAGCAGCUGUCCGAGGCACCUCGGGCACACUUGGAGCGACCUACGAUGGCUGGCGAGAGACAUUACUGCUCGCUCGCGGAGAGAUCGAGGCACUCAUCGACUUCUCUGAGGACCAGCAUUUUGACGAGUCACCUGUGGAGCUGCUCGCCAACGUGCGAAAGUUGGUUGAGGAGAUAUUGGACUCGAUCCAGCUUCACAAGCUAGGGAGUCAGCGCAGCGAGCUUCUUCGGAACGGAAUUCGCAUUGCUCUGCUUGGGCCGCCAAACGCGGGCAAAAGCUCGUUGAUGAACCAGAUUAUGGGCCGCGAGGCAUCCAUUGUGUCGUCAGAAGCCGGUACGACGAGGGAUAUUGUCGAGGCGAGCCUUGAUAUCCGGGGAUAUCUCUGUGCCUUCGCAGAUACGGCGGGCAUCCGGACCAAGACGUCAAACUCCUCUUCCACGCAGGCCGAUGGUAUCACAGCAUCUUCCAUCGGCGCCAUCGAACAGGAAGGAAUUCGGAGAGCCCGACAAAAGGCCCUCGACUCGGACGUCAUCAUUGUAUUAGCCUCGGUUGAACCGACCGAAUCUGGGAGGGAAUAUCGAAUUAGUUACGACGCCGAGACGCUCCGACUCGCAGCAAAUGCGCAGCAGUGCAUCGUGGCGGUCAACAAGGCUGACGUGGUUCACCACGAGUCACUUAAGCGGCUCAUACAAGAUUUCAAAUCGACGGCAUUGACGGCUAUCGGCGGCAUGCGCGACGUCGAGCCGCUGACCAUCUCCUGCAAGGCUGCUGCUGGUGUUGCUGCAGACCGCGGCAAGAACCACGACGCGGGCGGGAUCCAUGCACUCACGGAGAAGCUGGCCCAAUCAUUUUCCCAGCUCACCUCCUUGCCGGAUGACAUGCAGCACCUGCUCGGUGUCACGGAGCGGCAGAACCAGCUCCUCGGCGAGUGCGAGCAGCACCUCAGAGAUUUCAUGGGUGUGGCACAGAAGACCGACCCCUUGGGCGGCGAGCCCGAUGUCGUCCUCGCCGCGGAACAUUUGCGCCUCGCCGCGCUUCCGCUGGCAUCCAUCACAGGGCGUGGCGGGUCUGGUGAUGUAGAGGAGGUGUUGGGUGUGAUUUUUGAGAAGUAUGUCCGAACCACGUUUUGA